CGGCGGCUCCGCAGCGGCGUGAGUUAAUUAGAAUGACUGGGAUUUCUGGAGCUCUCACUACCAAGUAGCCCAGUCCUCCUUCACUGAAGCUUCGCACAGCCAAUUGACGCCUCAGCCACCAUGUCUCCUCCCCGUCAAGUCUUCAUUGCCGUUAUUGGCGCCGGCGGCGUGGGCAAGUGCUUCCUGCACCAGCUCACAGGCCUCGCCCAGCGGCUCUCCCAAUCGCCCUCGGCGCCGUACUACCUCUCCCUGAUCUGGCUGUCCACGUCCAAGAAAGCGCUCUACCACGCCGACUACAAGUCGCUCUCCAACUGGGAGUCGGAGCUGCAGACCAACGCCAAGCCCACGCUGCCCCUGCCGCAGCUGGAGGACUACCUCGUCGGCGCGCCGGGCAAGGUCGUCCUCGUCGACAACACGAGUGACCAGCAAGUCGCCGCUGCGUACCCGAGCUUCCUCAGGAAGGGCAUCAGCAUCGUGACGCCCAACAAGAAGGCCUUUAGCGGGGACUUGCAGCUGUUCAAGGACAUCUUCGCCGCGGCCUCGAACGGGUCGGGAGCCGGCGGCUACAUCUUCCACGAGUCGUCGGUCGGUGCGGGCCUGCCCGUCAUCAGCACGCUCAAGGACCUCGUCGAGACGGGCGACAAAGUGACCAAGAUCGAGGGCGUCUUCAGCGGCACCAUGAGCUUCCUGUUCAACAGCUUCCAGCCGACGUCCGGCGGCGGCGGCAAGUUCAGCGCCGAGGUCGCCAGCGCAAAGGAGAAGGGCUACACGGAGCCCGACGCGCGCGACGACCUGAACGGCCUGGACGUAGCCCGCAAGCUGACCAUCCUGGCGCGCCUGGCGGGGCUGGACGUCGAGUCGCCAACCUCGUUCCCCGUGCAGUCGCUGAUCCCCGCCGAGCUCGAGUCGUGCACGUCAGGCGACGAGUUCCUGUCCAAGCUGCCGCAGUUCGACGCCCAGAUGGACGAGCUGAAGCAGGCCGCCGAGAAGGAGGGCAAGGUGGUCCGCUUCGUUGGCUCCGUCGACGUCCCCAGCAACGCCGUCAAGGUUGGCCUGGAGAAGUUUGACACGAGCCACCCGAUUGCCGCGCUCAAGGGCAGCGACAACAUCAUUGCUUUCUACACUGAGCGCUACGGCGCCAACCCGCUGAUCAUCCAGGGUGCUGGCGCCGGUGGCGACGUCACCGCCAUGGGCGUCACUGCCGAUUUGGUCAAGGUCUUGAGACUGCUUCACUAGAGGGGUGUUGAGACUGCUUCACUAGGAUGGGAGGGUGUUGAGCCUGCUUCACUAGGAUGGGAGGGUGUUGAGCCUGCUUCACUAGGAUGGGAGGGUGUUGAGCCGAGGGCGCCACGGCCGUAGUGAUCGAAAUGAAUCAAAUCUUUCCCGC